CCCCUUGAUUUGAAUCAUGAUAAGAAGUCCAGUUGAUAUAUUUUGCCACUUAUAUUUAAUCUUAUUCUUAUUUUCUGUCUCACAGAUGGCCGUGCACGCCCACCUGCAUCCGCUGAAUAUAAGUGUCUUCCAUCUGAAUGGACAGAAUGCUAUGGAAGCCUCUGUGAUGGUAAUGGACGCCUACGUGAGUGUCUUCCAUCCAGAAAUGAAGCACUCAUGGGUUGUGCUCAAUCGCAGGUCAUGCGCUCUGUUAGAGAACCUGAUAGCUAUGAACCAACAAACAAGUCUGACAGCAAAAAAGGGCUAUUUACUCACAUGAAGAAGAAGCUACCUGUCUUUUGGAAAUCUCAUAAGACGCCUACCAACUAUGAUGAUGCUCGUCUAAACUUUGUGU